CGUGGUUUUUUUGUCAAAGGUAUGUCAGUUCAUUUUCGAUAACCGACGGUGACAAUCGCACUAAACCCCACCCAAGCCUUACAAUGAAUCCUUUGACGGUUGUUGCAGUCCUCUCCUCGAUGGCCCUGUCCGCUCAGGCUGGUCUGGUUGGCGCUCCUCUGGCCGCCGCUCCUCUGGGUGCUCCUCUGGCCUACUCCGCCCCUCUGGGAGCUGCUCCGUACUUCGCUCCGGCUGCGUACUCCGCCCCUCUGGGAUACAACGCUCCUCUGGCAUACAAUGCCCCUCUGGGAUACAACGCCCCUCUGGUGGCUGGACCUGCUCCCUUGGUGGCCAAGACCUACGCCGCCGCUCCUUUCGCCGCUGGACCCUUCGCCGCUCCAUUCGCCGCUCCAGUUGCCCCAGUUGCUGCCCGCCUGGCUGCCCCAGUUGCCGCUCCUCUGGCUGCUCCAGUUGCUGCUCCUUUGGCUGCUCCGGUUGCCGCUCCCCUGGCUGCUCCAGUUGCCGCCGUUGCCGCUCCCCUGGCCGCUCCAGUGGCUGCACCCAUCGCCACCGAGAUCGUGGAUGCUCACCCCCAGUACAAGUUCGCCUACGAUGUCCAGGAUACGCUGACCGGUGACUCCAAGACCCAGGAGGAGACCCGUGAUGGUGAUAUCGUGCGCGGAUCCUACUCCCUGAUCGAGCCCGAUGGUUCCCGUCGCAUUGUCAGCUACUACGCCGACUCCAUCAACGGAUUCAACGCAGUGGUGCAGAAGGAUGUGCCAGUGGCUGUUGCCCCAGUGGCUCCAGUUCUGGCCAAGACCGUGGCUGCUCCCGUGGUGGCUGCUGCCCCAGUCGCUCCCGUGUUCGCCAAGACCCUGGCCGCCCCCAUCGUUGCCUAAGGAGGAGGAAAAGGAGCCGGAAAGGAAGGAUUGACCCCAACUCGACAAAGGACUUUCAUCUGUACAUAUUCGAUUAAUCAUUGUCGAGCUACAAAAUAACUUUCAUCGCAAAACCCAAAAUAAAUAAAAAUUCUGAAAACAAA